CUAUAACUUGUACUUGUUACUCCUUGAGCAGCAGGGCUGGACGUGCUGCAGAAAAAGAGAGAGUUGCAUCUGUUCAACAAGAAGUUAGAAGAGUGACAAAUGAUUGUGAGUGCUGGACUGAACACUGUUUGUACGAUAACUGGAUACGUCGGCUUCAGGUGACAGAGAGGGGUUAAUGUUACAAGCUCGUCCCCAUUCUGUGCCAAUCACCUGUGUGUGAAAGAUAUAGAUCGACGCAGAGAACAAGGGAGAAACGAGCAGAGAGCAAAAGCAUCUCCCAGGCAGUCCUUGCAUCUCUCAGUGCUGGGCGCAUAAUCUGACGGAGCAAGAUAGCAGCUGGAUGCUAGGAGCAACAGGAUGAAGAGGUACCAAGGAAAUCAUCUGCAGCAGCCUGUAACACCUGACCUGUUAAUGAGUCCCAGUGACCGCGAUGAAACAGAAUUUGACAUAGAAUACCCAGAGGACCGAGGAAAUUGGACAGGCAAAUUAGAUUUCCUGCUCUCUUGCAUUGGAUACUGCGUAGGACUUGGGAAUGUGUGGAGAUUUCCAUACAGAGCAUACACCAAUGGGGGAGGAGCCUUUCUCAUACCUUACUUCCUUAUGUUAGCCAUCUGUGGAAUUCCUCUUUUCUUCAUGGAGUUGUCCCUUGGACAAUUCUCCAGCCUUGGCCCUCUUGCGGUGUGGAAGAUAUGUCCACUUUUUAAAGGUGUUGGAAUGGGCAUGCUCCUAAUUGUGGCUCUAGUGGCCAUCUACUACAACAUGAUAAUAGCCUAUGUGUUGUUCUACCUCUUCGCCUCCCUGACAAACAGCCUGCCCUGGGAGCACUGUGGCAACUGGUGGAACUCUGAACUCUGCCUGGAUCACCAUGUGCUGAGGACCAGCAACUCCACACUGUCUAUCAACAUCACUGACACGGUCAGCCCAAGCGAAGAAUAUUGGAGUCGCUAUGUUCUGCACAUACAAGGAAGCUCAGGCAUUGGGAGUCCAGGUCAAAUACGAUGGAACUUAUGUCUUUGUCUACUUCUUUCCUGGAUCAUUGUGUAUCUCUGCAUCUUAAAAGGAGUGAAAUCCUCUGGCAAAGUUGUAUAUUUCACAGCCACCUUUCCCUAUAUUAUACUGGUUAUGCUGCUAAUUCGAGGAGUCACAUUGGAUGGAGCCUGGAUAGGAAUCAAAUUCUACCUAACCCCUCAGUUUCACCACUUGCUAGGAUCAAAGGUUUGGAUAGAAGCAGCAUUACAGAUAUUUUACUCCCUUGGUGUUGGAUUCGGCGGUCUCCUUACUUUUGCCUCGUACAAUACGUUCCAUCAGAACAUUUACAGGGACACAUUUAUUGUUACUCUGGGGAAUGCCUUCACUAGUAUACUAGCUGGAUUUGCUAUCUUCUCAGUGCUUGGUUAUAUGUCUAAUGAACUGGGGGUUCCUGUGGACCAAGUGGCAAAAGCAGGUCCAGGACUGGCAUUCGUUGUGUACCCACAAGCUAUGACCAUGCUUCCGCUUGCUCCUUUCUGGUCAUUUUUAUUUUUCUUCAUGCUACUGACCCUUGGUCUGGAUAGCCAGUUUGCAUUCAUGGAAACUAUUGUGACAGCCAUCACGGAUGAGUUCCCUUACUAUCUGAGACCUAAGAAAGCUUUCUUCUCUGCAAUUAUCUGCAUAAUUCUGUUCCUGUUUGGGUUGAUCCUUACAACUGAGGGAGGAAUGUAUUGGUUGGUGUUAUUGGAUGACUACAGUGCUGGAUUUGGCCUCUUGGUUUUAGUAAUCUCCUUCUGCGUUGUGGUCUCGCGGAUUUAUGGAGUCAAGAAUUUUUGCAGAGAUAUACAAAUGAUGCUUGGGUUCAAGCCUGGUAUUUAUUUUAAAGCAUGCUGGGCAUUUCUCUCCCCAGUGACAUUGCUGGUACUCUUGGGAUACAGUAUCCUGAAAUAUCAGCCCUCGCAGUAUGGAAAUUAUAAGUUCCCCUUAUGGGCAGAAGCUGUGGGGAUACUUAUGGGCCUCCUCUCCUGCAUGAUGAUUCCUAUUGGGAUGUUGGUUGCAGUACUGAAGGAAGAAGGGACACUGUUAGAGAGAAUAAGGCAAGCCAGCAGGCCAGCUAUCGACUGGGGUCCUUCAAUGGAAGAAAACAGGACAGGCCUGUAUGUAAAUACGUUGGCCGGUAGCCAGUCUCCCAAACCUUUGAUGGUUCACAUGCGCAAAUAUGGAGGAAUCACAAGUUAUGAAAACACAGCUAUUGAAGUGGACAAAGAGAUAGACGAGGAGUCCAUGAUGUGA